AUGGAGGCACAGAUGAUCGAUUCGUCGUUGUCACUCAAAACCUUUAUCGACGACCUGCCGGACUGCAAAAGUGCUGAGCCCAGCCUCUACAUUGACCUGGAGGGCAAUAAUCUUUCCAGGAACGGUACCCUCUCCCUGAUCACGAUCCUCGUCGAACCGAAGCACACCGUCCACCUCGUUGACGUGACUGGGCUGGGCAAAGAUGCAUUCGAUACCGCGGGCUCUAACAAGCGGACGCUGCGGCAGAUACUCGAAUCCCCCGAAAUAGUCAAGGUCUUCUUCGACAUACGGAACGACUCAGAUGCCUUGUUCGGUCUUUUUAAUGUACGCGUUCAAGGGAUCGAGGACGUGCAGCUGAUGGAGCUUGCAUCCCGCAGUUUCUCGAAGCGACAUAUCAAUGGUCUAGCCAAGUGUAUCGAACGGGACAGUACCCUAUCUUUCAAAGACAAGUGUGAGUGGAAGGAUGGCAAAGAGAGGGGGAAGAGGUUGUUCGAUCCCAAGCUCGGUGGUGGCUACGCUGUAUUCGAUGAGCGUCCAUUGUCUGCAGAGAUCAAGACGUACUGCGUCCAGGACGUGCUUCACAUGCCAGCCCUACGUGAGCUCUAUCGAGCGAAGCUGUGUGACGCAUGGUGGAGGAGGAUCGAGGAUGAGACUUCCGCGAGGGUCAGACUCUCACAGGGCAGAAGCUUCAACGGACAAGGGAUGCACAUGGCUGAGGGUCCAAGAAGCUGGCAACAUUGGAGGCCUAGCGCGGUAGAGAAGCAGUCACGCGUCCUGCUAACAAUUCGCCCAGACUCUGUGGCAUCACCGGCUGUCGCGGUCACAAGGGCAGAGUCGGGCCUGGAUCGCGGCGUGGGAGAGCGUGAAGUAGAUCUGUCCGAGAUCAUGAGCGUUUUGGCCAUCGGGAGUAGACGACGUGGUCUUGGGUACUCGGCUCGAGACAGGUCAAGCUUCGACUAUGAACAUGAGAGAGACGAUGAAGCUAGGGACUUCACUGCCUGCGACUCGGAGUGUGGGUACUGCGGGAGCUGUGACUAUUGA